AUGAUAAAAUUUUUAACUCCUAAAAUAAAAAUUUUAAAAAAAUUAAAUAUUCCUUUUUUAUUAUAUUUAUCUAGUAAGUAUAAUUAUAAGUUAAAAAUUAAUAAAUAUACGUAUAAAUCAUAUUUUGAUUUAAAAUUAAAAUUUGUAAGAUAUAUUUGUUAUAAUUAUUGUAUAACAUUUAAACAAUAUUUAUAUUAUUUAAAAAAAAUAAAAAAUUAUAAUGAAAAUAAUUUAUAUUUUAAAUUAUUAAAUAUAUUAGAAUCUAGAUUAGAUGUUUUUUUAGUAAAUAUAGGAUUUUUUAAAACUAUAUUACAAUCUAGAUAUUUUAUAAAAUAUAAAUAUAUUUAUAUUAAUAAUAUUUAUUGUAAUUAUUAUAAUAUCAGAUUAAAAUCUAAUGAUAUAAUAUUUUUUAAUAGUAAAAUUAAAUAUAUAAUUUUAUAUAAUUUAAUUUAUAGAUAUAAUAUUUAUAUUUAUAUAUCAAAUUUAUAUAAAUAUAAUUUUAUAAAAUCUUAUAGUUUUAAUAAUUAUUUUAUUAUAUGUAUAUAUAAUUUAAAAAUAAAAAUAUUAAACGAUUUAUAUUUAAAUAAUAUUUUAUAUAUUUAUAAUAAUAUUUAUAAUAUAUAA